AUGCGUAGUGGAACAGCGCUUAAAAGGGAAUCUUCAUCAGAUACAGCAAAAAGUAAACGAGAAAGUCGAAAAUCAAAAAAUGGUGAUGAAAAAUCAAGUAGGGACGAAAAGAAUGAUUUUUUUGCCACAUUUUCCUUGAGAACCAGACGUGAACGGAAACGUAAGAAAAAAGAAAAAGUAAUUGAAAGUAAAAGUAAACGGGAGAAACGGAAAAAUACGGCGAAGAAAUCACUGGGACCAUUGGAAAUAACAGUAAAUGAUUUCUGGAUUAUGGUAAUGCAAGAAAAAGUAGGUAAUAUUGUUAUGCUAUGCAAUAUUAUUGAAGCAGGAAAAAGUAAAUGCUUCCAAUAUUGGCCACAAGAUGUUGGCUCAUCGCUUACAUUUGGAGAUGUACAGGUGACAUGUGCUGAGGUUGACGAUAUCAAAGAUACAACUUUUAUAAUAUCAACAUUACAAGCUAAAAAUACAGAUAUCCGAUUGACUAUCAAGCACAUACGAUGGAAAGAAUGGCCUGACAAAGGUGUGCCGUCAAGUCUAUUAGCUCCAUUUCGGAUAUUGAAAAUUGUACGACAGUCAUUGCAUCGUGUUACGGUUGUUCACUGUUCAGCAGGUAUUGGUCGUACCGGCUGCAUAGUUGCUAUUGAAAUGGCCUUGCAACAGAUUCUAUCCGGAAAACCGUUAUUUCUCAUCGAUAUG